AUGAAGUUGUUGUUGUUGUUGUUGAAUUAUUUUUUAUACGUGACAAUAAUUAGCAAAGUUUUUGCUGAUCUUCAUCGUGAUACAUUUAGUGAUUUCAAUGUCACAUUAUUAAAACUUGCCAUUAAACAUGUCCUAGUGUCUGAAGAUAUUCAAGAAAUUAUCUUUGCAAUAGAUCUUGAAAUUCCAUCUAAAAAAGUAGAUACAGAAAUGCGUACGGUGAUAGAUACGGCGUUAAAUGAUUUCAUUAAAUCAAGACGAUUAAUUAUCGUUGAGCCAUUCUCCUUGAUAAAGUCAGAAAAAUAUCAUUUCAAAAUGACUUCUACGACUCUUGUUGUUGAUGUUACAUCUAAAAGCAAAUUAUUGGAUCAACGUGUAAUCGAAGAUUUUGGUAUUUCAAUACGUUCGCAGAUGCCUACAAGUGAUUCACCAAAAAUACUUUGGAUUGUCAACGACAAAGAUGACGAAAAUAAUUUCAAUUCGACUAUGCAACAAAUGUGGAAAUUGCAUUUUUUGGAUGUUACGAUACUCGAAUUGUCCGUUUAUAAGAAAUUUGUUGAAAAUUUAACAGUUCAUCAGUACAAUCCGUUUGUUAAAUAUUAUACAAGAUUGUCGUGGAAUGAUGAAAUUCAAUUGUUUCCAUAUAAAAUUGACAAUUUACAUGGUUACAAGUUAAAAACAAAUAUCAACGAUGAACCACCUUAUGAAGAAAUUGUAAGAGAUUGGAAAACUGGUCAGAUCAUUUUGGGAGGUUUAUCAGGUUAUGUUUAA